AUGCGGACCUGUCAUGACACCGUUGGACUGCUCCUCCUGUUCGGGUUCUGGGCUCAGCUCGGCUUCUCCUUUGAAGGUGGCUUCACAGAGCUGCCCUCCAACAUGACGGUGAAGGAGGGGCAGAACAUCCAGAUGGCGUGUGCCUUCCAGAGUGGGACUGCCUCCGUGUACCUGGAGAUCCAGUGGUGGUUCCUGCGGGCUCUGGAGCCCUCAGACAGCCAGGAGCAGGACAUGGAGGACCAGGAGAUGAUGAUCCCAGAGCCUGAUCCUGACAAUGAGGGGACAAAAAUAAGUACAGUGAAGGUCCAGGGCAAUGACAUCUCGCACAGAUUACAGAUCUCUAGAGUCAGCAAGAAUGAUGAAGGACUGUACGAGUGCCGGGUGACACGAGCUAACUAUGGAGAGAUUGUGGAGUACAAAGCCCAAGCGUGGCUGAAGAUUAACGCCACAGCCAGGCCUCUAUGGCCAUUUCCUCCUGCAAAGAAGAGCUCCCCGCUGCACCUGACAGACAAAAAGCCCAGAAAGUCAAGCUCAACUCUGGGCCAGGACAACAGUUCAGACCAGAGGGUGGCCUCCACAUCCACCUCUCACACGACCUCCAACACAGCUAAACACAGCCCUGGCUCAGGGACAAGAACUUCAUUGAGCUCUGGACUUGCUGUCCCAGUCCUGGUCUGCAGUCUGCUGAAGAAUGUCUUGUUAUAAUCUGAAGAACAAUUCUUGGACUGCUGCCAGAUAUCGGCCCAUUUAACAAAGAAAGACAGAAAUAAACGACUUCUUGGCAACUCCUCACUUUGUGCAGAGCACAGUUUGCUCCUCACAAUCUUCUCCUGCACCUCCUACAUCUCUGUAAAACACCAGUCACAUGAUCUGCUCCACCCUGUCAGACACCAUGACUGGAUCUUAGUUGGACUUUUAUGGAGGUUUCAAUGUUCAUGUGUUCAUUUCUGAAACGAAAGAAGAAAAGUCUCUCUUUGUGUUGUUAUAUGAUUGUAGAUAUCUGUUUAUUUGACUUGAACCACGUGGACUCUAUGUGCUGUAAACAUUAGCUGCUGCUGAUGGUGAUGAUUGUAACGACCACAGCUCCGCACUGCAAACUGGAUAAACUGAUGGGAAGACUUUGGUUCAAGGAUUAUUUUCCAUCCUGUAAGUGAUCCAUCCUCAGACGUGCAUGCUUGGCCUAGAGAUGAAAACGAGAGGAAACCUUAGAAAAAUCAGGAGCCAACACUUUAAUGUUACAAUGUGUUGAACUGAAGUUUAUUUUUCUGUGCUCGCUUCGGUGUGAAAAAUGUCCCGUUUGUCCCUUUCAAUUGUAUAGCAUGCUCAGCUGGAAUAAAAAAGGAAUUUCCUAUUUAAGA